AUGAGUGCGUCAGAACAAGAAGAGCAAAAUGACUCAGGCUUGUCCCAGGGCAGCUACUCACCGAGAUUGGACGAGAAUGCCCUGGCUGAAGAAGAUGCAGGGGCUAUUGCCGAAAGCGGGAUGCAACUUGACGAGUUCAUUGCUCAACUUGGUGCGUGGGGCUCUGCCAUGGAGGAGAACAUGCAGCAAACCAUGUGGGAAAGCGCAUUGGAGGCGGAAAGGCUGGAGCAACAAUUGCAGGAACGGCCUGCUCCUCCGGACAUAUUCUUCGAAGUGUCAACGCCACACGAGUCGUUGCCUCUUCUCGACCUCGGCGAGCAGGAGGAUCCCGGCCGUGAAGCGAUCGAGCUGGACUCCGGCCUUGAAGAAGUCAAUUCGUUCCUGGCGCAGAUGGCAGCAGAGGCUCGCUCUGCGCUGCAGGAGGAGCGUGUGAAGCUGUUCAGCCGUGGAGGCCCUGGGGAGCAGUCAGAGAAGGUUGCCUCUGAGGAGUCACUUCAGCCGGCCGUGCACGAAGAGGCCGAGGCUUCUGUCGAACUCCGCAGUGCACCACUAGCGGAUUCGUCAAAUACAGGCCGUGGUGCCCCAGUGGCAGAGACACUGACUUUGCCGGCUGAGACAGCCCAACUGGCUGCGUUCGAUUCUUCUGCUGAGGCUCUUCAGAGCAUCGAAGACGAGCGGCUAGCAUGUCUUGAGGAACUCGAGCGGGAGCAUGAGGCCUUUGUUGAACAAAUGCGACAAGAAGAGGAAGACAUCCGCUGCGAGGAGGUACGAGUGCGUGAGGAGGUGCGCAUGCAUCGAGAGGAACUCCUAUGCCGAGAGUUUUAUCGGGAAGAGAGUACCGCCCAGAGACGUGACCGUCGCAAGAUGUGGAUCGAAGACAAGCAUAGCAGCCAUGUCCGAGACGAGGAGCGCCAGAUGCUGGAAAAUGCGGAGCGCGCCAAAGAAGCCGCAGAGCGGCAAAGAUUUGCAGCAGAAGAAGCACUUGCGGCAGCAAUACGAAGGAGAGAUCAUGAAAGGCGAGAAGCAGCAACCAUGGCCGCAGAGGAUGAGCUGUCAGCAGCAUGGCGUGAAGCAUUGCGCCUCACUGCUGAGAGCCAACGCUUCGCAGCUGCAGAUGCAGAGUCGUUCUUGUGGAGGGAGAUCUGCCGAGAGGCAGCGGAGUCCAGACAAAUGGCUUCAGAAGAUCAGCGAUCGUCAAUGCUGCGGCUUUGCGAUUUCAAGCCCGUGGUUCCCAUCGACCGGCAGGUAGCCUGCCCCGUGGACGCCGUGGCCCCUGACUUGUCGGUGUUGGCACAGAUGGUGAUGCCUGGUCCCCCGAAGCCGACACAACAAGAUCACCAUGAAGGUUCCAGCUGGCCUGCUCAGUUCAACAACGCGCUGAACCCAUGGGACUCCAGUAGUAUUGCAGAGCCUGCUGUGAAAAGCGGCAUGAAGUCCAAGGAGGCCACUACGUGUGGCAGCUUGAUGUGCUUGCAGCUGUGGGAGGGCAACUCGCGAUGCAAAGGUCCCACAGGUAAGGGCUUCAAUCGCAAGCGGCCACCCAAACCCUGGAGUCGUCCUCCAGACGACCAGAAGUCAGAGCAGCCGGGCCGACAGUCGAUCUCAGAAGACCUGGGUUUGGACGGCCUCGCAGGCCUUGAGGAUGGGGGCUCGGCCGUGGACUUGGUGCGGCUGGAGAUCCGCAUGGAAGGCCUAGAGCAGCUCCCCGCGCUGUCAAGAGUGCCUCACCUGCGUAUUCUGGUGCUCAGCGGCAACAAGAUUUCAAACCUGGAAGACUUGCGUGGCUGUCCCAAGCUUGAGGAGUUAGUCCUUUGCCAAAAUGCCCUGACAUCAUUGGAUGGGCUGCGGCACCUAAGGCACCUCUCAGUCCUCAAAGCCACCAUGAAUGCAAUCACGGAUGCAGAGGAUCUGGCGCAACUUCCACAGCUUCGCGUUGUGGACCUCAGCAAGAACCGUUUGACCUCAGUGCAACUUUGCGCCAAAGGCUUGGGCAAGCUGGUUCUGUACAGAAACUCCUUGCAUUCGGCAACUUUUUUGCGCGAGCUGCCAUCUUUGACGCAGCUGGAUCUUGGGCGUAACAAGCUCACUGAGCUGGAUUCCGCAAUCUCCGAGUGGAACCCAGUGCUUACAAAAGCCUUCCUCUACGAGAACUGCUUGGCUUCGCUUCCAGAGCUUCAUCUGCCGUUGUUAACGGAUCUCUGGGUCGACAACAACUUGAUCGAGCAGUUGGGACCUCUUGGCUUCUUACCUUCACUGGAACGGCUUCAGGCCAAGCACAAUCGGAUCCGAAAGCUUUCUUUUCCAGUUGCUGCUAGCCCGCUACUGCGGACGUUGGAGCUUGCUUUCAACCAGCUCGACCGCCCUGAGUCUUACAAGGCUGUUGUACCUUUUGCGAGAUUGACGCGUCUACAACUCAAUGACAACCCGCUAGCUGCGGAGAUGAUGGAAGAGUAUCGGCCAUGGGUGUUGAGAAUGGCGCCACAGCUCGAGGAGCUCGACAAUGAGACGGUAAACGAGUCUGAGAGGCGGGAGCUGGACUUGAAGGGCUUUGGCCAAGCAGGGCAGGCCAAGGCAGCUACCUCACUCACGGAGAGAUCUUGGCCGACAUCGCCAUUCGGAGACAAGGCCGGCCUUCACGCUGAAGGCCUCCUAGGCUUGGUGGGAGCUGACGUCGCAAUGAGCCGGCGGCCCCAGAUUUGCCCAACAUCCCCGCCAGAUCAAAACGAACGGUGUGCAGGAAGGAGUACUGGCAUCAGCUGGCAUCAGGCAGUGGUCGACAGAUGGAAGGCUGGCUGGAAGAUGUCUGGCGACAUCGUCUCGGAAGAAAGUGGCUGUCCGAUGUGUGCGCUUGCAGCCUGGUGCGAGAUGUUGAAUGCCGCACGGAGUGCUCCAUUCGUUGCUCAUACCAGGGACGAGCGACGCACUGCCGCGUUGCUAUCCAGCUGCGAAACCAGAGCUCAGCGCCUUCGCCGCUGCGAAGCCCUUUUCGCUUUACGUCGAAGGCAUGACUUUUGGACUGCUUACUUGCAGCUUUGCUUCACGCAGUACGACUGGCUGGUGCCGUGGAGAGCCAAGCAGGGCGCUGUCUGUCGAAGAGCGGCAUUCGAGCUACAAAUACCGGGCUCCGAGAGGUCAUGUCAGACGCUGAUCCUCAAAGUACAGUCUCGUUGGAGAGGAGUCCUUGCACGGAGGGCUGCUGCCCGACUCUGCCUUGAACGAGUGUGCGAGGCAAUAUCACCAGGGCAUCUUCGAUGCAUCAACCGCUUCCAGGCAAUGUGGCGUGGCCAUUCUUCUCGGAACAAUCUCCGGGCUCGUGGCAUGGUGCUACCAGGAGACAAGCACUUGGCCAGGCUAAAGCAGGCUGCCACGCAACUUCAGGCUGCACUCCGUGGCUCGCGUGUGCGUCGAAAGCUGCGCUGGGCCAAAGAAGUGUCGAGGAUGGCGAAUGACGAUUUGGAGGACUGUCCUGAGGUGGAUUUGGAGGAGAUGCUGAGUGAAGCUCGAUCAGUGGCGAAUGCCGACCCUUUCGGCUCCUUGAGUUUGCCGCCGCUCAAGGAAGUACCUCAGGCAUUCGGCAUUACUCACCAGAACGUCAAUGUCGCUGCGCCGGAGCCACUGCCGCGUGGUCCAAUGGUUGCGUGGACGCAGCAGAGUAUUGCUCCAGGCGCCCCGCCGGCUCCAGCAACCAUUGAUGUUGUCAGCGAGAGCGGAAGUGUUGUGGGAUCACCUCACAGCAGCCGUCCGGGCUCAGGCUUUGGUAUUGGUCCACGACGAUCAAGAUCGCUCUCAUCAACAGCUGAAUCUGCCAUGACAGAGCCAGACGGCCAGGGCACUCGCUCACGCGCAGAACAGGCCAAGGAUGAAUGGGGAUUUCAGGACAUCUCCACUGCUCGAGCAUGCUUGGCGGCUCAGAAGCGGAGGCAACCAAGGCCCCCGACACUUCCUGGACAUGGGCCACUGCGGAGCAGUGCCGGCCGGCAACCCGCAGCGAACCUGGCCCAGGCCCGAAAGCAGCCAAGCAGUCAGUCAGCUGGCCCAGCAAAGCGUGGUGGAGGUUGCCAAAAGGCACAAGAUGCCAUCGCUGAGUAUCGGCGCUUGCAGGAGGCGGAAGCUGCGGCCACAUCUACAAGUGUGCCCACAGAGUUCCGUACCGGAUCGCCAAACAGGAAGUUAAUGCGCAGUUCGCAAAGCUUGGGCUGA